UUACACUUGUGUGCAGUCCAUCAGCUGGGAGGUCUCAGUAUAAAAGCCAAAGCCAGAGGAGAUAAAUAAAUCCCCUUCAAAGUUUUAGAAGCUGAAAGUCUUGUUUGGAUUUAGCGGAUCAGGAGGCCGCUGCGUAAAGGGGGCGCGCGCUUAAUGAGGCGUAAAGUUUGACAAGAGAACUAAAAUACAGUAGACUGCAACCAACCUACUUCACUAACAAAUAACUUUUUUGAGUCUGAGGUCGGCUGAAGAUGGCAGAAGGAGACUUUUACACCAUGGGGAACCGGCAGCGGUUUCCCAGAGACCCGUUUGGAGAAUCACCGUUCAGGGACCAGUCUCCGUUCCGGGAUCAGCUCUCAUCCCGGUUCAUGGAGGAUGAUUUCGGGAUGCCGCCUUUCCCCGACGAUCUCGGCAUGGACUGGCCCGGCUGGGCUCGGCCCGGCCGGCUAAGCACGCGCCUUGGUACGUCGCCCUUUGCCGGUCCUUUACGCACAGGUUUCCCAGCUCGCCACUCCACGGGAGGCCCAGCGCUGUACACCAGCAGGUACGGCGAGCCGUCCCCACGCAGCUCCCCCACGACCACGGGCGGGGAACCCUGGAAAGUAUGCGUGAACGUCCACAGCUUCAAACCAGAGGAGUUAAACGUGAAGACCAGAGACGGGUUUGUAGAAGUUUCAGGCAAACAUGAAGAAAAACAGGAGGAGGGAGGCAUUGUGACAAAAAAUUUCACAAAGAAGAUACAGAUCCCAACCGAUGUGGAUCCAUUGACGGUCUUUGCCUCCUUGUCGCCUGAAGGGGUCCUCAUCAUCGAGGCUCGGCAGACACCCCCAUACUGCCUGUUUAGCAAUGAAGACUCCCAGGGAGGUGAAACUCAGGAGCUGGAGACCCAGAAACCCCAGGAGGCUCCGGCAGUCUAAACCAACACCUUAGAUGAACACAUCCUUCAGCACAAUCAGUUACAGUUAAAAACGCAACCUGUGUACUAAACUUAUAUAAAAUCUAAGAUACAAUAGAUCUGAAAUAUAUUAGUGCAGGGAAGUCCUACUGUAUUUAUGUUAUUGCAUAUAGCAGUUUUAACACAACAAAAGCCUCCCCCUACCAGCAAGAACGAAAGGUCAUAAUAAUAUGCUCUGUUUUUAUUAUUUAAUUACAACUAAAAGUAAAAAAGAAAAUGUAUUUAAAACUCUGUUUUAGAUAAAAAGUUUUGGUUGUAUCAAUUAAUCUAUAGGAAGCAAAAUGAGAUAAUCAUAAGAAGGCAAUAAGAAGGAGAUUUUUUAUUUCUUUAUUUCUAAUAAAUACCUUCUAAUAUUUGUUUUAGUUUUUUCUUGUUUUUUUUUCUUUGUAAUAAAAAUAAUAAAUUGAAGAAAAAGAGUUGUGUGCUUCAAUUAUCUUGCGUGCACUGAUGUAUAAUUUAAAAAAUUUCUAACAGCAAAACCUCUUAAAUUUUAUUGUUUUUUCAUUAGUUUGCUUUGUGUUUUUUUUAUUUUUUUUUAUUAUUCAAUCACCAAGGGCGACCUUCCGUCAGGGUUCCACAUUUAAAAAGAAGACAAUGCUUGUGUUGUUUGUUUUCCUUAUUUAUGUAACCUGACUUAGAUUAUUCACCAAUCCUACUAUCCAAAGAAAAAGGAAAAAAAAAACAGUUUGAGUUUAAUAAAACUUAUAAAGUUAUACUUAUGAUUGCAUAAAGAAUUUUAAAUGUUUUUUUUUAUGUCUGUAAAACCAAUACAUUCAGAAAAAGAACUAACUUUAUAUUGUUGAAAUGCAUUCUGAUACAUUAAAAUAAUAAUUUCAGAUUAUUUUUUCAUCUAAAUAUUAUAAAAUGUAACAUUUAAAUACAAAAAUACGUAAUAAAACAACAUAAUAUAUUUUCUUGUGCAAUUUUAGUGUUAAUUAUAGCUUUAAUCUUUUUGGCUUUUACACCUUUUAUUCACUUUUCUUUUCUUUUUGCUAUUACUUAGCAGUGGCCUUAAUUGUACAAUCAGGUGUUAUAAAUAUAUGAUCUUACUGAUUAUACUGUGUGACAACAUUGCAAAGCACAGGUGGUGAUCAAAUGUUUCCAGGAAAUAGUUUGUGCUCUGCAGCAUCUGAAGCCAUGAAGCGAUUGGUCAAUGCAUCCUUUCUUUAUAUUUGUGCCUUGAUUUCAUUAUAUCAAUAAAUCCAAUGGCUUUAAUUAUUGUGUGCACAUUAAUAGUCUUGUACAUAUUUUUAUUAUGAGCAGUAUCAUUGAGUAUUUUCCUUUUAAAUAUAAAAACAUUUAGAGGAAGGUUGCGUGUGUACUUGAUGUUUGUCCCCUGCCAUCUUUUCGGCUGAUGUCGUUUUACUGAUUUAUGCAAUUAAAAAAAUUCAACCAAAA